CCUUCGCUUGCUGCCGCGGGUGCGACGAAGAAGAAACGACUUGUUGCUAGAGAGAGAGAGGGAGAUAGCUGUGUGCAAUAGCGCGGUUAGAAGGAGGCCGGAGAGCAAGAAGAGUGGUGCGAGAACCUUGAAAGAGCGGAGGGAAGGAGCUACGCGAGUGAGUGAGAGGUAUCGGAAGAGCGACGAGGAAGACGCUGUUCUCCGCAAGGACGAAGACGGCGACGGCGGCGCUCCGGUGUCGUAGGCACCUCUCUUGUGUGGUGUCUACCUCUCGCAGCCACAAACUACCCGACCACCACGCAGCACGGAUCCACCACGAAACUCAUCCUACUGGUAUUCGUCUCUCAUACCCUGCCACGCGACCGCCAUCCGUCAAGAUACUCGUUUGCGCGCCUCUGAUCCCUUCGCACCCUUUUGCGGAUCGUAACUGAAGCUCGGUGAUCGAUCACGGAGAUGGAUCUCCGGAACGGAUGGACCGAUUGAGAUUCUGGAGAACUUGGACGAGACAUCGUAACUUUUGUUGUUUAAAUUUUGUCUUGCAUGCGCCACCGCUAAUGGGGUAUCGUUGAAGUGUGAAGAAAGGAUCAUUGGAGAAGAUCAUACUGAUAUUGAAAUGGCACGCGAUAGAUUCGGUAAAAUAGAAAAAGAGUCAAAUCUACUGCGCGAUGUAAUUUAAAUUUUAUUGAAAAUUAUCGUCACAUCGUUGAAAUUAUUGCUUUUUUAGCAAAAGAAGAAAUGAAAUGAGAUAUGCAUAUCACAUAAUUGCAAUAUUUAUAUAAAAAAUUUUCCACAAGAAAUAAAAAUAGAAAGAAUGAUUUUUUUAACGAAAUAAUUUAUUCUUUAUGAAUGGAAACCGAUAUAAAUUUUACUACAAUUUGACACAGUAAAUUUAUACAUCUUGAGUCUAUUAAAUUUAUACAAAUAAAAAGAGAACAAACAAAUAUAAGAAAAGAAGAUAAAUAUUUUGCAAGAAUGAUCUGCUUUUCAUCGACAAAUCAGCCGUCUCGUGAAGAAAUUUCAGCCAUAAGUUCGCGUUCGACUCUUCGAUUAUGUCAACGAAACGCGAUCUUUUAUUUUCCGCAAAAAACUCUGCUAUCAUAAUUGAAUAUUUUCGUCAAAAAGUGCAAUGUAUCAUUUAUCUUUUAUGCUACCUUUGAAGACUUCAACGUGAACAUUUAAAGAUUCGUAAAAUUCGCGAUGUGAAAUAAUUCCGAUAGAAUCACGUUGGCAUUAAGAUAUACCGUUAAUUGACUGGUGUGUUGGACUAUUGACAAUUAACAGAAAAAUUGUUACGGAACGUAUGACUCAAAUUCGCGAAUUAGCCGGCGCAGCUGUUGAAAUGCUAAAUCCGAAGGAAACAUUAUCGUUGCUGACAAACGUCGUCCACGUGCUACGGGGAUCAUCGAUCAUCUGGCUAUAGUGACUACAACGGGCGAUGAAACCUACCGCAUGGCCUGCCGCAUCCAGCUGACAUUUGACAGAAUGCUGUGGGGAAGAUGCGUUCUCUAGCUCUCGUUCUCGCGAGCUGCUUCUACUUCCUGCAAAUCGUCAUUCGCUGCCAGGAAUUGUCAGUCAUCAGGCACUCCGAUGGCGAUAUUUUUACCAUCGAAGGUUCCUGUACAGAAGCCUGUACAGUACUCAGCAGCGGCACCGCCAGCCCUUACUCCCGUAGUUCCUCGAGUUCCUCGAGCCUGCUUGUACCGAACAGUUCCUGCACGUGCCAAUGUAACUUCGAUUUGCCAAUAUUUCGGGAGGAUCUUCACAUAUGCGUCAACGAUAUCCACGAGUGCAACGUUGCGGGAUUCGUCAGCAACAACGGUUACGUGGAGAGAGUACCGUAUGUCUUUCUACCACAGCGAGGGCAGAUAAUAUAUCCACACGCAGAGAUUCGCUUUGAAGGUGUGACCACUCCUGUAUGCGGGAUCGCCGGUGCCCAGCAAUUGGGAAGGGUGGGAUGGUCCGAGCUGAGGAAUCUUUCCGACACCGAGCCGCCCUUCAGGUUGUUCCGGGACGAGGGCAGGACAUUCCUCCAGUGGAUCGGUGAGACCGGACUAAGGGAUGCUGCUGAAGGACGAGUUGUGACGGCCAAAUUAGUCUGUAGAGACGCAUCACCCAAGUCGACAUUUAGCGGUGUUUUCACACCGUGCGUGGCUUUCAGAGUGGCCGGUUCACCGUCGAAAAAUAACGUACGCGAAGUGAUGUUCGCAUCGACAUCCCAAGUGUCUCAAGGUCUAUCAGCUACGGAAUACAUCGCCAUCGGUCUCUCUUCCGUUAUCUUGGCUCUCAUAUACGUGGCCAGCGUAUCGUUAUAUUUGCACAGCAGAAGGGCGAAAAGAAAAUCCAUCGAGGAGGCGAACAUCACUCUCGACGGCGGUCGAGACGGUAGUGGAUUAGUCAAGAAUAAUCCGUUGCUAGCCGCUACAAGACAUUUUGAAAGCGACACAAAUAGCGGACUUACGGAGAGCGAUUUGGGCGAUGAUCUGCCACCGAGCGAUAACGAGCAGGGUUUCGAAAACCAAAUAACGUCUGCGAUCGUUCAUCCACACUGCGUGUAUCUGGAGCAAUCAGAAGGGCUCUUCUCCGCUGGUUCUAUUCUGGGCGAGAGGCUACCGGAAGAGGAUGUACGGGUCGUGGAGACGGCUGACAACCCGCAUCAGCAGGAUGUACCGGUUCUUCCAGGUGCUCAACGGAGGAAACUGUACUUCAAUCCCGCGUACUUCGAUCGACAGCUAUUACUGGCCCCACCUCCGGCCGCUAUCGAGUUCCUGCUCAAAAUCCGAGAAGUCAUUUCCAUCGCCAAACACAAAAUGGCUGCAAAGAGAUUUGUUCCUACUCUCAAUGGUAUCCCGGAAGAAGAGAGCAGUUCAGAACGAUGCGAGUCGGCAAAGUCGAGCAAACAUCAGCAGAGAGCGAUGUCAAACUCCGUCCAGGAAGGUUCGGUCGCGAAAUCACGCCGAUCUCAACGAUGUACCGGAUGCCCCGGUUGCAGCAGCGACUCCCCCCGACAGCUGCCCGCGCUUCCCGUGCCCGAUCUACCGACCCAUGGUGAGAGCAAAGUGCGUGCAUGGCUGGAGGACGUGCGGCCGCCGCGACGUAGUUGGCGAGACGCUCAAGACACGCGCAGGAAUUUUCAGGAGAACGCGCGGACGUUCGCCAGAAAUCUGGAAUAUCUGAAACAGUUGGCGAAACGCGACUUUGCCGAUCCGGACGAUUGCCCGAGUCUUGCUGGCAAAUCGAUAUCAUCGUGGAAGGACAAUCCACCGAUGUUGAGAACUUUCCAAAAUAUCACUGUUAAAAGUGAGAUUCUUGGAAACGAUGAUCGUCAUAGCGUAUCAAGACGAUCGACCAGGUCCAUGUUUGACGAAUCCGAGUACGAUCGUUAUGGUCGUGGCAAGCGAAUAAACGGAACAACGUUCCAAUUCGCCGCUGGAGAUGACACGAUAAAUGCCAAAGUCCGCAAAGCCAUCGAGAAUUCCUUUAUCAAGCAGAUGGAAGAAAGCGCAGCCAUAGAGAACGAGGUGAAAGAAAACGCGAAAGACGACAAGAACAGCAAGAGCGAGGACGAAUCGGCAAAGACAGAAAGAUCGUCGUCCAGUAACACUGAAAAAUCAGAGAAAUCAAAAUCGCAGCUGUCGCAGAACAAUUCCCCUCCAAAGAGAUCGAGGAAGUCGAAGGCGCCGAGCGCGCCACCGUCGAGGAAGAAAGAACUUCCGGACAUGAUCAACGAACUACCCGGCGCGAAAAACACCGCAAAACGCAUCAUGGACGCUGUGAUACGCGAGAUGGUGGACGUAAAAGCGUUGGAUCAUCACGCGAAGUCAUCCGAUCCCGCGACAAUAGGCAGCUAUGAGGUGGACAGUCUCGAGCGUUCCAAGUGCAGCAGAAAAUCAUCGACAUCGCCAGACCAGUCAUUGUCAACGGACAAUCAAUCGAGCCCGGCUUUAUCAACGGCAUUACCGAUGGAUGAAGAGCUGACGAUGCAAAACGCCGUGAUCAACACUCGUACUGGCGAGAUGACGCUGUCGAAACUUAACAAUCAGAUCCUUGUUCAAAGAAACUGUUACAAUAGUUUACCGGAAUUGAUCAGCAGCCAGCGAUCGGAAGCAUAUGCGUUGGUAAGUGAAGUUUACGUGAAUGAUGGUUACGCCAGCCCUGCCUGCAGCGACGACAGCGGUCCGGAGAUUCAGUACGAGCCGGAGAAUCCAGGUCACUUGACCAUUAGAGUACAAGAUUCGCCCGAAAAUUACGUUAAGCUUGAUGAGUCUGAAUAUGAGCCGGAUACGCUUGAUCGAAAGCCAAUGAAGCUACGAAUCAAUGACGACAUGCAAUACGAACAGGCAGAGACGAUUAAUGAGGUUUACGUGGAUUCGUUAGAGCGGCCAGCCCAGAUCCUGCUCAGGAGCAAGGGUAGUUUCCGCGACGAUAAUUCCAUGGCGCGACAACGCUGCGGUCACGGAAGUCUGCGAGAAAUCUACGAGGCAAAGAUCAAGUCGAAUUUGAAGGAACUGCACUCGACAAUACAGGAUCAUAGUCACGAUACCAAAUGCCAAAUGAAUGGCGAAUCGAGUGACGGUACUUUAUCGUGGAAGAAGUGCAAGUAUCUGACACCGGAUAGUAGACAAGCGAAAAGACAGCGGCAACCGCAUAAUCAGCCGGACGUGGUGCCAUUGCCGCCCACAGAAGAGAUCUAUCAACGGCCGAAGCCGCCGCGACGCGUCGAGGAAUCGAAAUUGCUUCUGCUGCCGCCACCACCAGCAUCAUCACCGUCAUCGUUUCCGUUAAAAAACGUUCGGGACAGGAGACUUGUCGAAGCGGGUGACCCUACGACCAGCAACGGCGCUCCUGUCCCGAAAGUCAACGGAUACCAUGUAGGGAACCAGACGUGUCUCUGCGCAUCGCAGAUUCAAUUUGUCGAUAACAUCGCGUCUGAGUACGAGGCUUACAAUGAGAAGGACAUUACCUUGAUGGGAUUGACGUUUCUUGAUGAGAGCAUAGAUGACCGUAUCGUGACAAAUGGUUGCAGGGAUUGUCCAUGCGAAACACGAAUUGAGAUCGAAGAUUUUGAGAACAGAUACAGGUUUUACGAAGACCAGAUUGAUGUCGAAGAGAAGGUUUUAUCUCGUGGGACGAGAACAGCACGAGAGAAACGGCCUGCCACAAGCUUUUCUCAUCACAGAAGCUCUGCGAGGACUAGGACACGAUCAUGGAGCAUUGAUGAUCAUUGCCGAGAGGACCAGAACAGACUAGUUAACAGCAGCAAAGCGCAAAACGGUUCCAGAACGAGGCAACUGAUAAAAGGUUUCUCGAGAAAUUGCGAUUCCGGCGCGAGCAACCUGAUGCUACCGUUGGUAGCGGACAAGCGACGCAGUCAUGUCAAGGUCGAAGACAGCGGCUAUCUCAGUAGCACCGACAGUAACGGUUCCCGCAAACGACUGUUGCGACACGAGGUGAGUGUGUCCGAGGAGACCGAUGAGACCGAAUCGGUAUGCGAUGGCGCCGAAAGCGAGAGUGGUGCCGAAAGCAUCGGCACCGACAGCGUAUUCUUUGGCAAUUUUCGCAAACUGUCGGAAAUCUCCAAGAGCGCCGACUCAGGUGUAGAUCUAGACGGAAAAAUACCGUCCUAUUAUCAGCCGUUUUUUGGCACGAGAAGCGAGAUGGUCCUGGAAAGAGCCAACUUUAGUGCCAGCGAUAGCGAGACUGAGAGUCUUGUCACUGUCUUGCCUCCUUGUAGCAGUCAGUGCAACAGUUUGGUAUCAUAACCGAAGCUUUCACUUUAAGCACUUUGAACAUCUAUUUAAAGAUUUUAUGGAAGGAUCUACAAUAGCACUGAUAUGCUACCAUUUUGCUUAAGAGAAACUGCUUAUAUUUUCAAGUUGCCCAUUAUGUUUAAUCACAAAAGUCAUCUAAUUUCUGUUUUUGAUCAGAUCCAUUUUCUUAAAAAAUUUUAAUACAUUCCGGUAUAAUAAAACUACGCAAUUUUUCUUGAAGUGCGGUGAUGAUAUUUCCAUCAAAUCAAUGAUGAAAGAGUUAGGUAUACAUUUAAAAAAAUAUUAUUUAUAAAUAUUAUAUUAAAUAUUAUUUAUAUAUUAAAAUCAUUAUAAAGAGAGAGGAGAGCACUCUGAGAGGUAUAUUUUUCCGUUGUUGCAGAUUAUGAGAAAGACAUAAUUAUCAUAAUAUUUUGAAAUAAGAAUAUCACAAAUCGUAAAUAUUAAGACAAUUUUUCAUCAAUAUUCUCUAUAAUCUCUAUAGUCUCUGUUUUUAGCCUAUUUUUUAUUAAUACAUUUACAUCAUAGAUAUAACAUUAUUUUUAAAGUAGAAAUCAAAAAUUUUGCCAUCAUACAGUAGAUAGAAUAUUUAAUAUUAAAUUUAAUAUUAUUAGAAUAACAAAAUGCGUUCGCAUUAUUAAAUUUUUGAAUUUUAGUAAAUUGAAAAAUGUCACAUAAAUUUUGAAUUUUUACAGAAAAUUUCUAAGGCCAGUAUAAAGAAACUAACUUACAAAUUAAUUAUAAAAUAGAUAGUUUAUAAUAAUUUUAUAAGAAUAUUACGAUACAUAAUAGAAAGUGCUAUGCGCUUAAAAGAGUUCAUUAAGCGGGUAAUUAAUACGUACUUGUCGCUCAUUUCACAGGACUAAGAAUUGAGACUCUUCUGUGUGUGCGGUUUUAUUACUUUUUAUAUUAAUAUAUCUUCAAAUAAAUUAUACGCAAACGUUCAAGAUAUCUUUAUCAAAUAACACACACAUAGGUACGUCUAGUACCUACACACAUACAUACAUCUAGUUUAAUUUAUUAAAGAAAAAUUUAAUGAAAUAUCACAUUAAAAAAUUUUAGAAAUGUACAAUAUAUAUAAUAUAGUAGAACUAAUUAUAUCCAUCAAAUAAUUUCUUUAAUGAUACAUAUAUGUAUUACAUAUUUAUUUCUAUUUAUUACUUUUUAUUGAUUAUGUAUAGUCUAUUAGACAAGAUAUGUGGAAUGAAGGUGAUAGCGUUUUUUAUCAUAGACAUGACAUCAUAGUGAUAAGAACGCGUUUAGUUAUGUAUUCUUUUUUAAAACGAACUACAAUUCUUCUUUAUCGAAAUUAUCGCAAUCAUGAUAAUCAAUAUAUUAAGCGCGUUAUUGGCCGGAAGUGCAAUAUUAGUACGUAAUGAAGAAAAAAACUGCACAAAUUAUAAAUUAAGUAAAUAUAAAAGUAGUUCAUGGAUACAGUUACUGAUACAAUAGAGUAGAAUUAUUUCAAAGCAAAAUGAAUAUUCACAAAAUAUGAAAAGAUAUAUUCUACAAGAGUAAUGAUAGCACAAAAAUUAAAUAAUUAAUUAAUACGGCAUUUUAUUUUUUUAUUAUAAAUAUUUUUGAAUAAACGCCAAAUUUUUUAAUGAUAUAUUUUAAGAAAAAAAUUUGUUCUUUCGAAAAAGAUAAUAUAGCUGAAGAAUAAGCAAUGUAAAUAAGCAGAGAGCAAUGAUAUCUUGCCAAAAAGGUAUUAAUAUCGUAUAUACAAUUUUCAGAUAACAUUAUUGUUAAUUGCUAUGACAAUUAUUGUUAUUGUUUCUGUUCUCUUUCUCUAUCAAAACUGUUAUUAUUAUAGUUCUUAGAAAAUAGUUUAUAUGACUGAUAUUUCAUCGUCUUUUUAUUGAUGAACGAUCAAUACACAGAUUAGAAGAAAAUUAUGUGUAACACUAUAUAGAGACUCUCUGUAUAUUUUAUACGACAUAAUUUAUUAAUUUAACACAAAUUUAUUUUACACACAAACACAUUUGCUUUGAGAUAUUUUGUCUUUUUAUAUGUUACAAACUCUUCCAAAGCGAAUGUGUUAAGAUUUUUACUUUAUGUCGACAGAAUCGUGUACUUAAGAUACAUUUGUCGUUAAUACCUAAAAUAAUUUUAAAUUAGAAGCAAUAUUUUUUGCAAAGUUAUAUAUUUUUAUAGUUGUAAUUAUCUUUUUUAAAGUUUUAUAUAUUUAAUGAUUUUAUAAAAUUAAUAUAUUAAUAAAUUAAAAAUUAAUAUAUAUUUCUACAUAUUUUAAUAAAAUUGUUAUAAUAUCAGAAGCGCACGCUUCCAUGUACCUGCCAAAUGUAAAUAUUCGAGAUAGAUUUUAAUAUAUAUUGUUAUAAAUGUAUUUAUUUAUAUUAUUUAAUAUCAUUUUGCAGAUGUAAUAUGCAAUAUUGUUUUAAUAUAAAAAGUAUAUUUUAUAUAGAAUGUUUA